AUGUCCUCCCCGGUCAACGAGAUGCUGCUGGACCCGGCGAUUUUGAUGACCAGCAAGAACCCGUCUCUUUCACAGCCGCCCAGCGUCAUCCCCAAGGGUGCUCGUUCUCGCAGGGCCAAGGCUAACGCUGCCAACGCUGCAAACGCUGCAAACAACAACAACAACACCAAAACCAAAACCACCAAUGGCGGCAACGGCAGUCGACCUCGCAAAGAGUCUGGUCCGCGUAACAAUUCUCGUCCUCGAAAUGGUUCUCAGUCAACGGGCAAUGAUCGCCCGAGGAACAACUCUCGCCCGCGAAACGAUUCAGGUCAGCGAAACGAUUCUCGCCCGCAAAAUGAUUCACGUCAGCGAAAUGAUUCUCGCCCGCGAAACGAUUCUCGUCCACGAAACGAUUCACGCCAGCGAAAUGAUUCUCGCCCGCAAACUGAUUCACGCCCCCGAAAUGGCCCUCGACAGCAGAUCAACAUUUCUCGUCCGCGUGUUAUCGACCCUCGCAUGCAAGCAGUCUUUCGCCCCUGGAACGCUGUCAAUGGAGGCUAUAAUCCCUUCUUCAACAAGCCAGGCAUGUCAAAUGAGUAUGUUUCGCGUGAAAUAAUGGACUACUACCAGCGAAACCGCCAGAGCAAUGACCAGUUCAAGAACAAGCAGACGUUGCGCCAAGCUCUGGAAAGCUUCCUCAAGACUGCCUACCCGGAACAUGCCAUUAACCUGUACAUGAUUGGCUCCUCGACCAAUGGAAUCGGCGACAACCCCUCCUCUGUCGACAUUUGUAUCAUGGCCUCCAAGGAAGUUCCCGAGGCAAAAAAGAAGACGGUUCAGGAAGUUGAAAAAGCGGAGUCCAACUCAGCUGAAGCUGAAAAGGCCGCUCAGAGCAGUGAUGAAACAACCGUCGAGGCCGCCAUCGACUCUGCCAUUGAAGCCGUCAUCGAGGAUGCUGCCAAAACUGCUGCCACUGUGGCUGCUAAGGCUAUUGUCGAAGAUGCUGAUGAGGCUGUUGAGGCCGUUGUCGUCGACGCGGCUGCUGCUACCACUGAAGCCGCCAAGGACACUGCUCCCGAGAACGCUGCCCCUGUUGCAGAGAAAGCUACUGGCGCCAGCUCUGAGGCGGCCGCCUCUGUUGAGAAGCCGAGCGAGCCGGAGCCCCUGCCCGAACUGACUCUGGCCAUGAUCGAGUCUGUGCUGCAGAACAAGCACUUUGCCAAGGACAUUGUUACCAUUCCGGCAAAGGUGCCCAUCAUCAAGUUCCGAGACGACAUUGCCAAAAUGGACAUCACCCUGAACCUGAACCAGGACGUCUCUAUUCGCAACACUCAGCUGAUUCGCGACUACGCCAAGGUCGACUGGCGCUUUCCUCACCUGGCGAUGAUCAUGAAGGAGUGGGCUCGUGAGAACCACGUCUGCAGCGCCAUCGACAAGACCAUCUCCAGCUACAGCUGGACCCUCAUGGUCAUUCACUACCUGCAGGUGUGCGACCCGCCGGUGUUGCCCUCGCUGCAGAAGCUCAUUCCCCGCCGCUACGACAGUCGCACCAGUGUGAAGCAGACGAUCACCAACUGGCGCCGCUACCCGAUCAAGUGGCACUCCAACAACACCAGCAACCUGCGCCAGCUGCUCAAAGGGCUCUUCCGCUACUAUGGCUACGUCUUUCGCUUCGACCAGAACGUCAUAUCGGUACGUGAGGGAAAGGUGCUCGACCGCGCCUCAAUGCCCGGUGCGGCAGCCGCCGCCGCUGCCGCCGCCGCCUCUGGCAGCGCCUGUGGUGGUCAGUGGGGCUCCUUCCUCGCCAUUGAGGAGCCCUUCAACCGCAGCAACACCACCCGCUCGGUACACGACAAGGAGCAGUUUCAGCGCAUCAUUGAACUCCUCCGCAUGUCCUCCAAUGCCCUGCGUGGUGUGCGCAUCUCCCUCUUCAAUGUCAUUGCAGAUGACAUUUACUUUCCCAUUAAGUACCACAAGUAA